GCUUCAGAUGUAACAUUCAUAUUUGAUAUGCAUGUGUACAUGGACAAGGCCUUUCCAUACGCACACAAAUUUUUACCCCAUGACCUUGACCUUAGGGUCCGUGUUUAGGGUUCAAAAAAUGCAUUUAGAUUUCGAAAAAUGCUCAUAAUUUCUAUCAAAGCAUUUAUUGGGGGCAUACGUCAUCCUAUGGAGACAGAUCUUGUUUAACAAUUUAAUUGAAAAUAAUAUGUUGUCAACAUGAAGUGUAUAUAUGCAAGAUCACAUUCCCAGUGACAACAACUCUUUAAUUGUUGACUGUAUUUUAGCUGGACUAUUAUAUAUGAAAUAUAUAUAGUGGAGCUAUCCUACUCAACCCGGCGUUGGCGUUUCCGUGAGCGUGCAAAUGUUAAGUUUGCGUACUACUUCAAAUAUUUUCAAUGUCCAUUGACAUAUUGCUUUCAUAUUUUGCAUACUUGUUUACCAACAUGAUCCCAACCUAUAAACAAGAGCAGACCACUGUAUCAAGCAUUUUGACAGAAUUAUUGACGCUUUGCUGAGCCACUUCUGCAGUCGCCACAUCAAGCAACCAGAGACUGGAAAAGAGAGUAAAAUUAAGCUGAUAGGCUCACCAAUGAUUGCAUCUGCUAAUCAUGAACUCAACGAAGUCAGCUCAAGGAAGUGGAAGGCAUGCUUGGAAAAUAGAAGUUUCCAUUAUGAAGGAACAUACAAACAUUUCCCACCAACCAUGUGGAUCAAGAUGUUUGGGCUGAUGAUUCUGGGUCGUAUGUGUGGACAAGGUGGUCCUCAUUACAUCAUGAUGCAGCUGUGUAUUCAACAACAUGUUAACCUGUCCCAGCGGAUGUUGAUGCUCUUAAAUGAUGUUGAGAAAAAUCCAGGACCGGAGUAUUCGUGCAAAUGGAUAUCCUGCAAGGAAGACUUCCACUCCAUAGGACAGCAAGAUGCACAUAUCAUCUCUCAUGUGGUUCAAUAGAAAUGCUGUAGAUGGGGAGACUGUACCAAAGUCCUGAGCUUUAAUAGUCUUGAAAUCCAUGAACUUAAACAUCUCUAUGAUGUGAGUUUAGCACUGUGUAUGAACUGGUGUUGCUUCAUUUUCUGCAUAUCUUUAUCUCAGUCUUCUCUAGUUUUGAUGGUCAAAUACAUAUUGUCUGCCAGUUUUUUCCCCCAAUACUGCCGUUCAUCGUUUGCUUGCAUCAAGAGUUUUAAAAGAAAUUAAAACUCAUUUGUUUAGUUAGAAUCUUAUGAAAGACUUAAAUGGCCAUGUUUAACGCAAUUGUAUAACAACAUAUACGAGCUAAAAAAAUAGUUGGAAUAAUUAAUGUAUAUAUGAACAUAACAAAUUUACUUAAAAUCAUAGGUCUUGUUUUUGUCUGCCACUAUAAGAACCAGAACAUAUUUCGGACAUUCGAGGAUUGACUUGCUGUGUUAGAGGAUCAUCAGGUGAUGGAAGAAACCAGGCUUUUUUCGACUCAAUGUUGAUGAAACCUGAUCGACAUGCUCAUCUUGGUUGAGUAAGCCUGGGUUGAGUGUGUCCAAAAAGUAGGUAACCUGGUGAAAUCUUAGGAAAACAUUGUAACCAGAUCCAGGUUUAUUUGACUGACAGACCGAUGGACAGUGGGUCAACCGUAAAUCCCUUCAUGUGAAAACGGUAGGGACAAAAUAAAUAUCACAUUGCUUUUCUGAGUUCAUUUGUAA